CAUUGCUUUCAUGCACACUCCUGCAUUAAGACGGACAGCUUGCAUCAACUUCCACUUUACACUGACCAUGGAGCUCAUAAAACCCUUCUGGACCAUCUACAACAUGUUUGACAAGAUGAAGAACAAUAAUGAGCAAUGCCCCCACGUUAUGCAGAGACUCAAAGCUCUGGAGAAACUGGCGCUUUCCAUCUUACAGAAGGAGCCAAACCAACUCUCUGAUGACGUGAAGGAAGCUUUGGAGAAACUCAACAAGGUUCUGUUAACAGCUGCUGAGCUGAUCGGGAAAUUCACGCAGACAUUCAAGGUGACUCAGAUAGUGAAAUCCAGCGACUACAAAUUAGAGUUCGACAGCCUGAACAAAAGUCUCACUGAUGCCUUUGUGACUCUCUCUGCGGCUCUGCAUGUCCACCAGGGGAAGAAACUGGACGAGCAGGAGGAGAAGUUACUCAAACAGGAUGAGAAGCUGCUCGAGCAGGAGAGCAUGCUCAUUGAGCAGCAGAAGAAGUUAGCCGCGCAGGAGAGGAAGCUAGCCGAGCAGGAGAGGAAGCUGGCUGUACAGGAAGACAGGCUAGAAGAGCAGGAAGACAUUCUGCAAAGAGUGGAAUCAAAAUUAGUGUAUCAAAGCAGAGGGUACUACUGUAUUCUGCAAUAAAGAAGAGAGUCGUCGGCAUAAUGUCGGAGCCUCGUGGGAGGAACAGUUGCUUUGUAUUCUGAUAAUGACUUUCUUUUUACUAUCAAGUUUGAAAUGUUCCUCAGUUAAAUAAAUAAGCUAAGAGCAGUGCUUUGAGUUAAAUGCUAGUGUCAGUAUGUUAAUAAACUCAGAAAUACUAUUACAAUAAUAAUAGUAACUACAGGGGGUAAUUUCUGAAGAAAUUGCAGGUGUGAAUUCUGUCUGUCAAAAGGCUGAUGCUAAACUGAAUUACUGUCUUUAAAAUUGUAUAAAUGAUGUGGAUAAUUUGAAGGUUUGUUGAAAAGCGGAAGUUAAACUGAAUUGCUAGCUUUAAAAGUCAAAUAAUAUCAAUAAUCUGUAAAAUGUUUUUAAUCAAGGUUUGCUGAAAAAAUUUGUUUCACAGAAAA